AUGGGUGCAUCAUGCCGGGCCGCGUUUGCGGCAUCGCUGCUGCUUUCACAGCUGUGGCUCAUCCACGCUGAGGCACAUGGCGCAGGUGGUGCGCUUUUGUUCAGAAUUCACCUUCAGCGUGAGCAAACAAGACGAUCCAGGAGUCGAUUCGUGGCCCCUGAGGAGUUUACGGCGCCGCCUGGAAGUGUCGACCUUCCAUGGAACCCUUCGAUGCCCUGGGUUCCUUGGCCGGUGCCUUCGCCGCAGCACCGGAAGAUCAAGGCGGCCCCGAGUAAGCUGCAGCGGGUCUCCCUUCAGGACCUCAACGAUGUGCAAUACAUCGGAAACCUCUGGAUCGGCACCCCAACCGAACGGACCUUUCGGAUGAUAUUGGACACUGGCUCUUCGGACCUCUGGGUCAGCAGAAGCGUGUUUGAUCCGGAUGAGUCCUCAACCUGGGUUUCCGACGAUAACUCUGAGACCCAGAUUAGAUACGGGCAGGGUGUCGUCCAGGGCACAACUGGCACGGACCGAGUCUGCUUACUGGCAGACCCGGACAACUUGUGCCUUCGCCAGGAGUUCCUGGUGGCUUCGGAAGUGAAGGACAUCUCGCUGACCACCUUCGAUGGGAUCCUUGGCCUGGGGCUGCCAGGCAUCUCUCAUGCACACCAGGACUUCUUGCAGAACCUGGCGAAGACUGGCUUCGGCGGUGGCGAGCUGUGCUUUUCCUUCGAGUUGAAGGAGCAGGAGGCAUCCACGGCCAUCUUCGGCCCGUGCCUGGAGGUCAUCAGAGCGGCCACGCAUCAGACAGGCGUUCCAGCAAGUCGGGCCGCACAUCUUCCGGUGCAGCGUCCUUUCGGCUAUACGCAGAGAGGCUGGUGGCUGGUGGAGAUCGGCGUUACCUGCGCCAUUUUGAGCCUGAAUAUGGCGCAGGCACAGUUUGUGCUCCUCCAGAAGUGCCUGCCGGGUAUGCUCAUCGCGCUCAUGCUUGGAAUCGUCUGCAAUGAGCGGUACGUCAGGCACUGGAAUCGCUUCUUCAAGCCGCGCCGCUUCCGACUGCCUCUCUGUUCGGAGGUUCUCAUGCAACGCUGCGGUCCAACAUGUCGGCGGAUUGUUUUGUUCAUCGGCCUCAUCGUUUACGGCUUGCUUCAGGUGGCGGCAGUGACUUUCAUCAUGAACUCCGCGUUGGAUGCGAUGCUGAUGGACCAUUUUCAUACAGAGGUGAGUGCGAUGCUAGACAGCGGCACUUCGUUUAUUGUCAUCCCCAAAGAUGAUUUUGCAGUGGUCUCUGCCGCAAUGUUCGGCCAACGACUAAGAGACAGCUGCGGGAUGUAUCGCAAUUCUCUGCUGUGCGCCUGCGACAUCAUCGAUCAGACGAAGCCUCUGCAAAUCGAUGUCGGGGGCCUUCACUUCCGAAUUGAUCCAGGCGAGACCUUCAUGUCCGACCCGGAUAGUGGCUUUUUCCAGGGAGGACGAAAGGCAUGUCAGACUGGACUGGGUGUGGGCAAUGAGGAAGCGACCGCCUGGAUCCUUGGCGACGUUUUCCUGAGGCAAGCUGUGGUGGUCCAUGAUCCUCGUGGGAAUGUCUCCAUAUUUCCCAGAGUAGAGGUGGAAGCUGAUGGGCCGGCUUACGCCUCAGAAAGGAAAGGUCUGCGGCUGCUUCUGUACGGAGACUCUCUGACUGCCGGUGCUCCCUCAAUGGUGCCUUUUGGGGAUGCUCUCUGCCUUUCUCUGCAGUCCAUGGGAUAUCCGGUCGAGGCGACAGUUUGCGGCCUGUGUGCCUCCACCGCCUGGCAGAUGCUGGCUGUGGUAGAAGAGCCCCUUGUUCUGGAGACCUUGGGGAGUCGUUGGGGCUCUGGGCUGCUGCCACUUCUAAGCUCCCCGAAACCAGUGGACCUGGUCCUCCUCAUGGCGGGUACAAAUGACCUGGCGAAGUCAUCGGCCCAGGAAAUCUUCUCAUCUCUGCGUGGUUUGCACUCUGUCUGCCAUCGUGCCGGUGUUCCAUCGGUUGCACUGGGUAUCCCGGAUGCUGGAGGCAGGAGCAUGGCAAGGUUGGGGCCAGAGGUGUUGGUGAAGAAACGGGCCGUCAACGCAUCACUGGCUGCCUGGAUCCGCGAGGAGUCUGCAACGGGAUUGGUCAAGCCCGAGCUGUUCGUCAGCACCGUGGCCCUUCUGCCCUAUGGUCCCAAGAGUCGCUCCGAGGGUCUCUGGGAGAGGGACGGCGUACACUUCACGGCCGAGGGCUCCCGGAAGCUAGGCCAUCGCCUCGCCGUACUCCUGGAACCCCUGGUCUCCAGGCUUCAGAACGAUGUGCUGGUUUCCAAGAAUGCUUCUUUGGCUGAGGCCGGGGAAGUCCCCUCUCUGGACGCCUUCUUGGCCGCCUUUGAGGCCGAAGAGGCAGAGGAACAGAGCGCGGUGGCGCCGACAGGGUCAUCUCGCAUCGAAGCCUGGGAAGAGGCGGCUGCCAGGACGCUUCAGGAAUACCUCCGGCAGAAAAAAAAGUAG